AUGACAGUAGUGAAUCUACUGUCUUGCUAUGUAGAAGAAUAUGAAGAUGUACAAGUGUAUAAGUGUUGCGCUUUUGGUCACACAAUAAAAAAUUGUAGCAAGAAAGCUGGAAUUUGUUUCAAGUGCGGGAUCGAAGGACAUGUGGGAAGAGAGUGCAAAAACGAAAGAAAGGACUGCCCUAAUUGCAGAAAGGCAAAGAAGGAGGAAAGGAGUCGUAACCACAGCGCAGAUGAUAGGAGCUGCUCGGUAUAUAUUAGCAAGUUGGAGGAACUGAGAGAAAAAACUGAUUGUGGACAGUAG